CAUCCACUAAUCCAUCCAUCGAUCGAGCAGCCACUUCACACCAGCAAGUGGAAGUAGUGCGAUCCAGAGGUUCAGGCAUGGCAGCUCCGAGAGCACUCGUCCUCAGCGUCCUGCUGGCGAUCGCCGUCGCCCACGCCGAGGCGGCGUCAGUCGUCGUGGGUCUGGCCAAGUGCGCCGACUGCACCAGGAAGAACAUGAAGGCCGGGGAAGCCUUCAAGGCUGUGCAGGUGGCGAUUAAGUGCAAGAACAGCGCCGGCGAGUACGAGAGCAAGGCGGUGGGCGGCCUCGACGGCACAGGCGCCUUCAGCGUGCCCCUCGUCGCCGACCUCCAUGGCGCCGGCUGCGUCGCGCAGCUCCACAGCGCCGCCUCCAACGCGCCCUGCCCCGGCCAGGAGCCGUCCAAGAUCGUGCCGCUGUCCGAGGGCACCACCUUCGGCGUCGUCGCUGGCGAGAACACCGCCACGCCGUCCGCGGCAUCGCCGGAGUGCGCGUCCAUGACCCUGUGCGGGCCGAUCAAGAAGCACAUCAUCGAGCACUUCCACCACAAGAAGCCCAUGCCGCCCAAGCCGGAGCUCAAGCCCCAGCCCCACCCGGACUACGGCCCCGUGCCCAAGCCGGAGCCGAAGCCGCAGCCCCACCCGGACUACCACCCCGUCCCUCCCACGCCCACCUACGGCGGCGGUGGCGGCGGCGGUGGAUACCACGGGCACCACUGAGUCAGGUCUACCCCUGUCCUGCCCAGCGAUGAAAUCUCAUCAUCAGCGGGUUGGUGAUCAGUGAGUGGUCGACGGUGCUAAUUAUGAAUGGUUUGCAUGCGUGAGUAUCGUUAGGUCUUCUGCCAUUCCCGCGAAGCCCCGUUUAUUAUCUGCACUGCAGAGUUGGGAGUUCAAAAUAACAGAUGUGCGUGUGUGUGUCGCUGUGUCAGGCAAGUGUGAGGGUGUGUUGGUGUGUUGCUUUAUCAAGAUUUUGUAAUUUCAGUGUGUGUUUUGUAUAAGAAGUUAUUAUGAAUCAAGUAAUUUAAACAA